AUGGAGAAGGUGUGGCGGAGUCACCCAUUUGAUACAUUGGAAAGCCACAACUAUUCAUCAAUAUGGAACUGGACUAGAAAAUUGAAGCAAUCACUUGAUGAGGAAAAUUUCAAUAUUGCAAUGGUGGUUGCAUGGAAGGCUUGGGACAACAGGAAUCGAGCUAUGAAAGAUGAAGAGGUUAUUAAGUCAUGUGAUUUGGUCAGUUGGUGCCGCCAUUUUUUAGCAGCUUAUAAAUCUGCACAAAUUUGCCCAAAUUCGAGGAUGCGGGAUAUACACCCUAGUGUUUGGAAACCACCCCCUAGUAAUGUGGUUAAAUUAAAUUUUGAUGUUGCAUUUCCAAAUGGGGAAAGUUUCUUUUCGGUGGGAAUGGUUGCUCGGGAUAGUUAUGGUUCUUGUCUCGGUUGGAAAGUAACACGCAUACAGGGAAAUCUUCAACCUGUGGAAGGAGAAGCAUUGGCGGCGUUGAAGACGAUCUCUAUGGCCAAAUCGAUGGGCUUAACAAAUAUUAUACUUGAAGGCGAUUGCCUCCAAGUGAUAAAUGAAUGCCUCAACAUUGGUGAAAGUUUUGAUUCUUGUUCGUUUAAUUUUGUUAAGAGACAGGGAAACUUGUAA